AUGGACGAUGCAGAUCUUGGUAAUAACAUCGACGAGCAAGCCCAGGUCGUCGAUGACUUCGAGCACGAUAAGGUCCCCCAUGAUGGCGCCAUGAACGAUCAGAUUUAUCUUGAUCCUAGCCGUUGGUGGUUCGCUUCGGCCGCGUUCCCCAUGAUAGCUGGUACGCUUGGUCCUGUAGCUUCAGCUUUCAGUAUAUGCGCCCUUGUGAGGAAUUGGAGACAGCAUAUUCUACCAGGAUCCGACGUCACCAAAGCUGUUUACGUUAAUGACCCACCAUGGCUCUUGGCUGUGAACGCCGUCCAGCUGGUUAUUGCCCUAGUCGCCAACGUGUUCCUCUUGUUGAACAUGACCAAGAGAGUUCGAUUCUCCAUCGCCCAGCCUAUAACCAUAGUCGGCUGGUACAUAUCGUCCAUCUGCCUUGUCGCUUUAUGCGCUACCGCAACUGGUCCGCUGGAAAUCCAACCCGAGAUCGAAUAUGUCUGGUCUCAAGCCUUCUACUACGGCAUGUACGCAGCUAUCCUCUAUUUUAUUGUGGCCUCUCUCAUGGUAAUCACUGUCUGGGGCGCAGACAAUGGCCACUAUAGCAAAGAUUUUGAUUUGACGGCAAGUCAGAGGACGCUUAUGCUUCAGACUAUCGUUUUUCUAGUGUACCUUCUCGUGGGUGCUUUGAUCUUCUCUAAGAUCGAGGGUUGGAAUUAUCUCGAUUCUAUUUAUUGGGCGGAUGUCACGCUUUUCACGGUAGGGUUUGGCGACAUAUCUCCGCAGACGAAACUUGGCCGUGGCCUUCUCGUUCCGUAUGCCCUGGUUGGUGUGAUCAGUCUCGGUCUCGUGAUCGGAUCAAUUCGAAGCAUGAUUCUUGAUCGUGGCAAACACAGACUCGAUGCGCGGAUGUUAGAACGACAGCGACGUCUAUUAAUCCGGCGCAUGAUGAAGAAGGGAAAUGCCGGUGUUCUCGAUCCGGUGAACGGUGGAGGUUCGGAGGCAUCUUCGAGAGCUCAAUGGACCGAAUUUGAACGACGCCGGAAGGAAUUCCACUUAAUGCGAAAGGUCCAACGACAGAAACUAAUACGUGGUAGAGCUUCAAAACGAGAGCGAUGGACUGCAAUGGCAGUGUCCUCAACUACAUGGAUCCUGCUCUGGCUUGUAGGUGCCAAAAUCUUUCAAGAAUGCGAGGCCCCCUAUCAAGGAUGGUCUUACUUCGAUGGCUUCUACUUCGCAUUCACGGCCUUGACGACUGUCGGAUACGGUGAUCUCACCCCAGUGUCAAAUUCAGCCAAGGCUUUCUUCGUAUUCUGGUCUCUCCUCGCCUUACCCACGAUGACCGUUCUUAUAUCGAAUGCAGGUGACACUAUCGUGAAGGGGGUAAAAGAUGGGACACUAGUCAUUGGAAAUAUCACGAUUUUGCCUGGAGAGCAUGGCUUUAGAAAAGAGAUGAAACAGGUGCUAAAGAAACUAUCAUGCGGAGUUUUAUUCGUGGAUACAGAUAUCGAAGAAUCUCCUCCUGGUUUCCUCGGAGCGGCUAAUGAACAUACUGAUCACGAUGAGGAUGAAGAAGAUGACAUGGGUGACGACGAGGAUGAUGGAGACGAUGAGGCUGAGGAUGAACGAGGGCGUUCCUCCGAUACAACCGAAGUAAACAAUGCAGAAAGCCAUCGUAUAGCCGACAAGGACGCCGAGAAAGGAGAAGUAGAGCCAGGGAAAGGGCCAACAUCCGUACCGACGAUACGUUUCACAGAUGAAGAAUCUACAUCUAAACCGUCGCCUUCUAGGAACAAAUCACGAUCGAGAUCAAUGUCGCACAGCCGAGCCCCCUCGAUAGCGAGAGAGAGCCUGCCGACCGAGCUCCCUAAAUCCCGCGCCGAAUACCACCUCGUCCUGAUCGACGAAAUUUCGCGCGUGACUAAGCACCUCCGGCACUCGCCGCCGCGCGAGUACACCUUUAAAGAGUGGGCGUGGUAUCUUAGGCUCAUAGGCGAAGACGAAGGCAACGCCGAAAACCACCGCCGGCCCGAGAGACGACCGCCGCAUCAACAACAACAACACGGUGGACACGCUCGCUCGCACUCGCAUCUUCACCCGCAUCCUCGGGUCCACCCUCAUCUCCACCCCCACGUCCGCCUGCGCAAAGACGCCAGCCAGUCCUCCGAGAAUUACAACAGCAGCAGUAGCAGCGACGAGCAAGGCGCCGGUAGCGGUCCCGGUUCCGCGGCCGAAGACAGGCCCUCUAAGUGGAGCUGGGUCGGGCACCGCAGCCCGCUGAUGGACACGCGCGAGGAGGCGGAGUGGAUCCUGGAUAAGCUGGAGCAGAAGCUCAGGGAGGAGCUGCAGGCCCUCGUCAAGGCGGAGUCGGGCCAGGCCGCGCUGGGCGAGGUCAAGGAGGAGGAGCGCCAGAACGAGGAGAAGGCACCCGCGCCGCAUCCGAUAGCGUACAUGCGUGAUAAUAAUUAA